AUGUGGGAGCGCACGCUCCAGGAUCUCAUUCGUGGCUUGCGGGCCAACAAGAACGAUGAAAGUAAAUUCAUUGGACAGGCCAUGGACGAGAUCAAGCAUGAAAUCAAGAGCAAGGAUAUGGAGCUCAAGGCUGGUGCUGUUAUGAAACUUACAUAUCUGGACAUGCUAGGAUAUGACAUGAGCUGGGCUUCCUUUCACAUCGUAGAGGUCAUGUCGUCCCCAAAGAUCCAUAUCAAGAGCGUAGGAUAUCUUGGUGCCGUCCAGUCGUUCAACGAGGACACGGACGUGUUGAUGUUAACUACCAACUUGCUCAAGAAGGAUUUAAGUUCAACGCCUGCAGAUGUUGCGGUCACUUUAAAUGGUGUUUCUUCUAUUAUGACUCCAGACCUUGCACGCGACCUCAGUCCUGAAUUGGUUGGUAUGCUCAACCACUCGAGAGCCCACAUACGCAAGAGAGCAGUCGCUGCUAUGUACAGGGUGUUUCAGAAGUACCCUGACGCUCUCCGUCAUGGUAUUGGCCGACUGCAGGAAAAGUUAGAAGAUUCGGAUCCAGGCGUGGUCUGCGCGACAGUAAAUGUCUUGUGUGAGCUCGCCCGGAUAAACCCCCAAGACUACCUUCCGCUCGCCCCGCAGCUCUUCCAUCUCCUAACCACUUCAUCUAAUAACUGGAUGCUCAUCAAAAUUGUCAAGUUGUUUGGUUCUCUCUCGCCUCAUGAACCGAGGCUAGUUAAGAAACUGCAACCACCGAUCACCGACCUCAUAUCCACAACGUCCGCGAUCUCCCUUCUAUACGAGUGUGUACACACAUGUAUUAUCGGUAAUAUGCUACAGGGCAUUACUGGCGAUUCGCUUGCACGAACGUGUGUGUCAAAACUCGCAGCAUUCAUCGAGGAUCAGGACCAGAACCUGAAGUACAUUGCCUUGCUCGCAAUGGUGAAGAUUGUACCUACACACCCUUAUUUGGUUGCGGAGCACCAGGAUACAAUCCUUUCCAGUGUCGACGAUGAAGAUAUCAGCAUCCGUAUGCGUGCGCUAGAUCUACUCUCAGCACUCGUCAACCGAGACAAUAUACAAUCCAUUGUACAGCAGCUGCUGUCGCAUCUUGUCAAGCCCGAGUCCUCCGCCGUUCCGUCUGCAGUACAAUCCCUCUCUCAACACAUCGUCCCUUCUGCUCCUGCAAAGUCCCCGGGUGCACCAUCUCAGUCCACCGCCUACCGCCUUGUCCUGUCACAAAGGAUCAUGACGAUGUGUUCUCAAAACACCUAUGACAAUGUAUCCGAUUUUGAAUGGUACCUCUCAGUCCUCGUUGACCUCGCAUACGUAUCAAACGUCGACAUUGGUACGCAAAUUCGCGACCAACUUGUAGACGUUGUUGGACGCGUCAAAGCGGCUAGGAGCUAUGCAGUUAAGUUGAUGGUAAAGGUAUUGUCUGAUGAUACCUUCUUGCUGCACGCGGGUGAGCAGGGUGGCUGUUCCGAGGUGCUGUGGGCAGCGGCUUGGAUAUGUGGAGAGUACUGCAGCGAGCUUUCUGCGCCGGACGAACUUAUUCCCUACUUACUCCAGCCAGAGAUUGCAUCUCUGAGACCUGACAUUACCGCCGUGUGCAUACAAUCGGCCACGAAGCUCUUCGGAUAUUGGGCUUCUGAAGCGGCAAAGCAGUGGACGGACAGCUUCCUCGAAGAUCUCAAGAAAGCCGUUGAUAUCAUGAUUGAACAAAUGGGACAAUUUGCAUCGAGCAACCAGAUCGAGGUCCAAGAGCGUGCCGCGAACGUUCUUCAGUUGCUUAUUUUCAUCAAACGUGAUGUCGCGAUGUACAAACCAAAGCAUGAAAAUGGGUUCUCGGACCCGAGUGCAGCCGCCUUCGACCCCGUAAUAGAACCGAGUUUUCCGAAGUCUCUCUACCUUAUUCAACCACUUUUCUCAUCGCAUGAACUUAAUCCUGUUGCACCUAUCGCGCAAGCGAGUGUGCCCGUUCCUGAUGGGCUUGACCUGGACGCGUGGAUUGUACCGUCAAUGCAAGAUCGCGUUGCAGAAGAGGGCGAUGACGGUGACGUCACUGAGCGGAAGAUCAAGAGGAACAAGAAAGGGAAAGAGAAGGAGUCUGGAAGUAGGAUGAAGGUUAAGGGUGGGAAGAAGAAGCAGAAGGAGGGAGGUUAUCAAGAGGAGCUUGCACCGCAGGAAGAAGAGACAGCUGAAGAAAAAGCUGAACGAGCGAGGCUUAAGGCCGAGAGGCUGGAACGAAUGCGGGACGACCCAUACUAUAUUAUGGACGACCGAUCUCAAAAGCCUCCUGUAGAGGAUGUCGAUUCAAUCCCUGUUGUCCGACUAGACGGUCCCUUACCACAACCAAAAGGUAUCAUUUUUCUCUCCACGCACAUGAAAAUGACUGACACCCUUGCAGAGGAACCCCGCCUUCCUGGACUGAGAAGCAGCGCAUCCAUGCGAUCCGCUCCUCCGUUGUUUGUUGUGGAAAAAGAGGGCGAGAUGCCUGCGGGCGUUGUCAUGACGCCGCAACCAUCAACUCCCGUGCCAUCCUCACGGCGCCAAACUCCAAACCUAUUUGACGUCACCAUGACGCCUCCACCUUCCCUUCCCUCCUUCCAAUCAUAUGAAGUUCCUGAUGACGAGCUACGCACGAGCACUCCAGAGCCCAUUAAAGUCGUACGUGCAAAGAAGAAGGGAACAGGUACGGCAAAGAAGAAACGAGCAGUGAAACCAGAGAUGAAGGCAGGUGAUCAAGACACAGUAGUUACACAUUGAUGUGAUAUCAUACUGCCGAUGGCCCCGGAGGUUCAUUUCCAACGCGUUUUGUGUUGAUACUUAGGGAACUCAGCAGCAGCAUUCAUUCCUUCAAAUUCACUUCGCUGACUUGAAAUAGGUUUGAUAUCUGCUCGCGUGCUCGCAAGGCGAACUAUUGGAGACUGGAGGUACUACUUUGCAUGCCUGAUAUGACUGGCACGCUACCCGCAGUAUCUUUUUACGAAGCCGCUAGGCAAGACAAAUCACUGAAGUUUGAAACGUAAAUGUAACUUGGUCAGAUCGCUGCGAACUCUAGGGAAAAUGUACUUUUCUGCGCGGUAACUCUACGCUAGACUCAACACGUCGAUUUUCGAAAACAAAAAACUAGCAGACGUU